AUGAGAUUUAUUAAUGUAGGCCGAGUAAAGACGGCCUGUAAUUAUCAGCCAGAAUAUGAUAUCUCAUGCCUUGACAUUAAUCCCAUUGGGGAGAAUCUCCAUUACAGUAAGCUGGCAGCAGUUGGAAUGUGAACGGAUAUAAGUAUUAGGAUAUUUUCAUUGCCAGACUUGAAUCUCAUUACCAAGGAGCAUUUGAGAGGAGAUGUAAUACCUCGUUCCAUUCUGCUCUCUGCCUUUGAAGGGACAUCUUACCUCUCCUGUGCUCUUGGAGAUGGUCAUCUCUUGAACUUUCGAUUGAACAGGCAUUCUGGUGAGUUAACCGAUAUGAAGAAGGUGUCUCUUGGGACUCAGCCCAUCACCCUCCGGUCGUUCUCAUCGAAAAAUACAUGUGUAUUUGCCGCAACAGAUAGACCAACUGUCAUUUGCAGCAGUAAUAAAAAGUUACUAUGCAGCAAUGUAAAUCUCAAAGCAGUGAGCCACGUGUGCCAAUUCAGCUCUGCUGCUUUUCCUGACAGUCUUGCAAUUGCCAAAGAAGGCGAACUUGCUAGUGGUGACAUUGAUGAUAUCCCGAAGCUUCACAUCCGCUCUAUCUCCCUUGGGAAACUAGCACAAUUCAUUUGCCAUCGGGAGCAGUCUAGGACGUUUGCAAUUAGUAGCUUGAAGUACGACCAGACAGUUGAUGGAGAGUAUGAAAUGCAUUUUGUUCAGCUUUUGGAUGACCAGACUUUUGGGUUCAUGACAGCUUACCCGCUUGAUUCAUUUGAGCAUGGUUUCUCCAUAGUUAGCUGUUCCUUCUCUGAUGACGGUAAUGGUCAUUACCGUGUUGGGACUGGACAUUAUUUCCCGUAAGAAAAGAUAUCAACCAAGGGUCGGAUAUUAGUUUUCACUGUCGAGGAUGGAAAAUCACGGCCGAUUGCUGAAAAAGAAACCAAGGGGACUGUUUACUCUUUGAAUGCCUUCAAAGGAAAAUUAUUAGCUGCAAUUAAUGGACAAAUUCAAUUAUACAAGUGGAUGCUGCAAGACGAUGGUUCUGCUGAAUUGAAAUUUGAACGUAAAUAUGACAUUGGAGAAGUUUUUGCCUUCAAUGUACAAACUCAUGAAGACUUAAUUGUCGUUGGUGAUCUGAAGAUGCCACGCAUAUUCCUGCUGAAAGACAAGCAUGAGGAGGGUGACAUUGAAGAGCUGGCACGUGUUCGAAUUGCAAAUGGCUUGUCUGCCUUUGAGAUUCUCCAUGAUGGCACAUAUCUUGGAGCGGAAUAUAAAGUCAACCUCUUCACAGCGAGGAUGAACAGCAGAGGUGCCAUUGCUGAGGUGAGGCGCUGUCUCGAGGUGGUUGGUGAGCAUCACCUCGGAGAAUUUGUCAAACAGUUUUGCCACGGUUCCCUUAGAAUGUUGUUGGCGGAUUCCAAUGUGGGUCAGAUUCCGACUGUCAUAUUCGGCACAUUGAAUGGUGCGAUUGGAGUGAUUGCGUCCCUUCCUCAUGAUCAGUACGUAUUUCUGGAGAAGCUUCAGUCAAACUUGAGAAAGGUGAUCAAAGGCGUCGGAGGACUGAGCCACGAGCAGUGGAGGCCGUUUCACACUGAGGAGACUGUGGAUGCUCGGAAUUUCUUGGACGGAGAUCUCAUCGAGUCAUUCCUAGACCUCGCCGUGGGCGUUUCGGUGCAGAAACUCUGGAGAGUAGAAGAGUUGACCAGGCUGCACUAA